CCACGUGGUUGCGAACCACGUGUUGGCAGCGCCAUGGCGUCGGCGCCCAAGAGGCCCAAGGCGGCCGCCGGGAGCAGCGCCGACCCCCUGCCCGCCUUCCUGGCCUGGUGCGGGCGGGCCGGGGUGGAGCUCAGCCCCAAGGUGCGGCUGAGCAGGGCGGGCGCGGUGGCCGGGUACGGGAUGCUGGCGGCCCAGGAGCUGGAGGAGGGAGAGGUUCUCUUCAGCGUCCCCCGCUCCGCGCUGCUCUCCCAGCACACCAGCGCCAUCCAGCACCUCCUGCGGGAAGCCCAGGAGUCCCUGCAAAGCCAGUCCGGUUGGGUGCCUCUCCUGCUGGCCCUGCUACACGAGUACACAACCAGCAACUCCCACUGGCAGCCUUAUUUCUCCCUCUGGAAGGACUUCAGGAGCCUGGAUCACCCCAUGUUCUGGCCUGAAGAAGAGCGAACAAGGCUCCUGCAGGGCACAGGCAUCCCAGAAGCUGUGGAGAAGGACCUGGCAAACAUCCACCUGGAGUAUAGCUCCAUCAUCCUGCCUUUCAUGGAGGCCCACCCCACUGUCUUUGACCCCAAGCUGCACACGCUGGAGUUGUACAAGCAGCUGGUGGCUUUUGUCAUGGCUUACAGCUUUCAGGAACCUUUGGAGGAGGAAGAUGAAGAUGAGAAGGGGCCCAACCCUCCGAUGAUGGUGCCUGUAGCAGAUAUUUUGAAUCAUGUGGCCAACCACAACGCCAACCUGGAAUACUCUCCCUGGUGGGAUCGCCACAGCUCUGAGCGCCUCUCCUCUCCCUGCUUGCAGCAAUGUUUGCGAAUGGUUACGACGCAGCCCGUCAGCAAAGGACAGGAGAUCUUCAACACCUACGGGCAGAUGGCCAACUGGCAGCUCCUACACAUGUAUGGCUUCGCGGAGCCGUACCCCGGCAACACCAACGACACGGCCGACAUCCAGAUGGUGACAGUACGCAAGGCAGCACUGCAGCGCGCCAGAAGCGAAGCCCAGCAGCAGCUGGUCUCGGAGCAGUGGGACUUCUUGUGCCAGCUGGAGAUGGUGGGGGAGGAAGGUGCCUUUGUGCUCGGCUGGGAUGAGGUGCUGACAGAGGAAGAGCUGGCCACGACCCUGAAGGUGCUGUGCAUGUCAGAAGAAGAAUUCAAGGAGUAUAAGGAACAAGAUGGCUGGGAAGACGACAGUGAGGAAGAGGAAAACUCUACCCUUUCCUACGAGGCUCUCUCCAGACUUAAAACCCCUUGCAAGAAGCUCCUUUAUGACAGCGUGCUGCUGACCCUGGAGUCCUACGGGUCAGAUUUGAAAGCAGAGCAGGACUUGCUAAACAACAAGGAGGCUUAUGAGAAACUGAGCCGAAGGGAGCAGCAAGCUUUGCAUGUGCGCUAUGGACAGAAAAGGAUCUUGCAUCAGCUGCUUGAGCUGGUACACUAGAAACCUGGAACUGUGAUCAGCAAGGGAGGCUCAGCCUCUGGCCGUGUCUUCUACAGCAGUGAGAAGAGACGGCAAGAUAAAAUACAGGCCCACUUGUCCCUCAUGCGGCAUGUGGCUUUUUAGCUACCUCUACAUAAAACAUCUUCCACAGCACAGAAGUGGUUUUGGGUGGCAUUACCGUACAGCGAGAGCUCUGGAGCACAGCUACCACCUUCUUCUAGAGGAGUUAAGAAAACCCAAUCUCCCAAUAGCUGGUUUAGGAAGGCAGACAGACUUUGUCAGAGUAACAAGUGGGUUCCCUCAUUUAGCAUUAGAAAUUUAAGGCAAGAACCGCUCCUUGUCCAGAUGAAGAGGGCCGAAAUCCAGCUGGCAGCUCUUACCUUACAGAGGUUCAGAGCAAAUAUCUGGCAGGGGGAAAUGCUGACAGUGACAAACUAAACUCUUCACCUACAUUUUGUUAACACUGAGCAUUUUGAAGAGUACAAGCCCAUCCAUCUGGUUUUCGUAUAGGCUCAGUAUAGCAAGAUAUUUCCUUUUACCGCUAUAAAAGGCGUUUCUGUAUGGGCUACUCUCUGAGAACUCUACAAAGGAGCAGUGUCACAGUUCCGCUGUAGGCUAACCAUUCGAUACACACCCUCCAGUUGAUACAAUUCUUCCCUAAACUCAGACACUGCCCUGCAUCACGUUUAGCUACAUUAAUAUUUUUCUCCUCAGCAGUUUUUGCCUGACAAAACACUGGAGGUUUUCAGGCCAAGCUAUAUUUAAUAAAGACUAUGUUUCUUAUCCAGCCAACGCUGUCUACGUCAACAGGGCGCAAAGCCCCAUCUAAAACAGGGAGGAGAUCUUUGCUGCUGCUGCAGUUAGAAAGAUUGCAAACAAGCAAAACCCAGAGACUGUUCUCAUGUACGUAGAGGUCAGCUACAGCCCUACCUGCACUGCUGGGGGCCAGGGUGGCUUUUUUUAAUUCCCCUUUUAUAGUGGUGUAAUGUUGAGUCCAGUCUGCAGUCUUGGCUCUUCUCUUCCUACAGCAGAUGAGAUUUCAAAGUAGGCAAACAGUGGUUCAAAAGGUUAGUCUUAAUUUUUUUAAACACGAAGUGCAUUAUACCCAGGGCCAGCAAGGACACUGGUCAUCCUUGGGGACCUGCCACCAGCACCGUUUAUUUUGACAGCACCAGUUGCAGGUUCCUCACCUGUCAAGGGAGGAUAUGAACUGCAGUGGCCUCCAUCCUACCAGGCCAACUUGUGUUACUGGGAUUUUGGCUGAGUCCUGUCCACCUUCCAUCCCCCCUUUACGCCAGCCUAACAGUUCUUAAAGCCUGAAGGGAACCAGCCAUGUACAGCAGCAUUAGUACAGAACCAGAGAGACCUUUGAGCUUUCGAGUCAUUAGGACAAACCAGUAAGCUCAGCAUAUGGUUUGCUAGAGUUAAAUGGCAGGAAAAAAAAAAUCCCAUGGCAUCUGGACUAGAAAAACUGGUUGCUGCUAAUUCUCCAUAUCCCAAGCCAGUGCAGGAAGAAGAGUAAACUUGAGUUGUAACACCAGAACCAAAAAAAAUUCCAACUGCAAAAGGCUCAAUUUCAGCGCAGCUACUGAUCUGCCAAACAAACGCCAGGGAAUUACAGGAACUGGCAAGAGACCCCUGAAUGCCCAGGCAACCAAAAAAACCCACUGCCUAGGCACAGGUCACAGACAAUUCCCCUUGAGCUGCAGUCACUGGCACAGUUGGCUCAGUGGUCCCUUGGAGCUAGUUUUUGCUCUGUGCAGCAAAAGCACGGCCAGGUACGUGAUCCCUUAAACCUGAGCAGGAAAUCCUGACCUCUCCACCCAUACAACAGCAGUCGACUAGCUUCAACGAACUAGUAAUGUUACCUAAAAAGAAAGCAGAGAUGUUCUGUUUUCUAGUAUCUGCUAGGUUGCAAGGCAUAGGCUAAAGGAGUUUGCAGUAUUAGCAACCCUGAAGCCACCUGUCCUUAUUCCAGCUAAUUAGCAACCUUGCACAGAUCCUUGCUGAAGGGAAUGUCACAGCAGGGCGCAAUUCAUGCAGAACGCAGCUGAUCUCUCUGUGCUCUGCAUCCCUCCGCCGCACGCAGUCUCCUUCCUAGUACAGCUUUGACAGAGAGAGACAAACUCUGCUCGUGAACUUGCAACCAAGAUAUUUCUAUCUCCACACAACCCUCCUUCUGCACUUCAAAGCAAGGCCCCACCUAGUGAUAAUAAUUCUCCCCUUCAGGCUAGAAAACAAGCCCAGUUGCUUUCAACAGGCAGCGCCCAAAACACACUGGGGAAAUUGCAGGUUUUUGGCUGGGUGGAACAGGCUUUGAAAGAACAUCAACUGGGCAGGCAGGAUGGAACUGGAGAGAAUAAGCACAGUGGCACGUGCUGCAUGUCAUGACUUUAAUGUGUAACUACAGUAUGCAUACAUACAAGAAGUGGGAGAACUAAAGCCCAAGAACUAGAAAGGCUACAAAAUACAACACAUGGACCAAUACUUUACAAAACAUUCAAAAUCCUUACAAAAUGGGCUGUAUUGGUCCUUUGGGGUUUUUGUUUUGGUUUUUUUUCCUUUUAGUUUUUUUUUUGUUUUUUUUGUUUUUUGCUUUUUUUUACAAACUUAUACUGUGUGGUCACAGGGUGGGGGGGUGGGAAAAAGUCUAGAUUUAACCCCCCACCUUCCAAAAUUUACAAGUGUCAAAAAAAAAAAAAAAGCUAUAGGCCUGGUCUCUGGUUUCUUUACUAAAAACAGCUGACCCUCUCCCAAAGGGCCUGAGGUGUGUCUUCUCCAACAGAAAGGAGGCAUUCUCUGCCUGCCACUCCACUUGCUGUCAGCAUUUGAUGAGGGUAGGGGGAGAAAAAAGCAAUGCUGAACCUUAACCCCUGCCCUCACUCCUCCCCU